AUGAAGAAUCCCUUUAUAAAUUCAUCUUUAUCUCCAGAUUGUGACCAAUCUCUUAGGCCGAAGAGGAUGAUUACGAAAUUCCCAAACCCUAACAACAGCAAUGGAGUCCAAAGUCAAACGCAAAUCGACGGUUUCGACAACUCUCAUGGUUCCUUUUGGUUUCGUGGUCGUCUUCUCGGCAAAGAUUCCUCCUCCCUUCGAUUUGAGAAGAAGGUACUUGAUGCUUUCAAGUCUUGCUCUAAUGUAGUUCAAUGUUAUGGACAUGAAAUUACAAAUACUGUAUCUGGCAAUUACAUUUACAAUUUACUUCUCGAGUAUUGUUCUGGAGGUAGUUUGUACGAUCGUAUUACGAAAUUCGGACCCAAUGGCUUGUCGGAAUUGGAAGUUCGUCGAUAUACCAGAGACAUUGUCUAUGGAAUUUAUUCUAUUCAUGGACUUGGAUAUAUUCAUUGUGAUAUUAAACCAGAAAACAUACUUCUGAUUCCGAGUUUUGAUCAUGGAGGAUUUUUGGUUGCGAAAAUAGCUGAUUUUGGAUUGGCAAUGCAGAUGACCAAUGUAGUGAAUAUUGAUGACGAUAAUAGUACUAGGGGAACUUAA